AUGAAACUCUCUCUUACUUUCGUCGCUAUCGUUUCCAGCUCGGUCCUGGCCGAGGGUGUACAGGCCCGAGUCCAUGGAAACUAUCAACAAUUGUCACAGCCCCCAGUCCAAGACAGCACGGGCUUGAAGAUGCGGUGCAGAUCCAUCGCGAGGGAUAUAGAGAAUGCACACCGGGUAGUAGCUCGAGACAACCGGGCGGGUGCUAUGCUCUCCAAAAAGCUUUGCGUAGGUAACUUUGCGCCUGCCAUGGGGCGUUUUACGGUUCUGAUACCCAAGCACACUGGCGCCUCGAGCGACACAGAAUGGGGGUCCGCAUGGGUGGGUAUUAGUGAGUAUACAUUUGAGUCCCAACUACGGGGUGGCGUGGACUUGGCUGUUGAAAUAUCCGGCAAGGUAUCAUACACGGCAUGGUACGAGGGGUUCCGUUACGAGGCAUCCUAUCUGUACAAUUUCAACGUUACAGGCGGGGAUGUGAUCCAAGUGAAUAUAGCGACUACAUCGCCGACCAUGGGGCAUGUUCGAUUGAUCAACGUCAGCACUGGCAACAGUAUUAGUGUGGAUGUGACAGCGCCUCCAGGCAUCUUCUUGACCGGCGACAAUGCAGAAUGGAUCAUCGAAGACUUUUUGGCUGGAGGGUGUUUGCCGCUGGCAGACUUUGGGAGGGUGGUGUUCACAAAUGCCAGUGCCAAGAUGAGCACUGGUCGGGUGGAGGAUCUGAGAGGUGCUACGAUUAUCAAGAUGGUGUUAGAUGGCAAGCUAGUUGCUGAUAGUGUUAUCAAUACUUAG